CCAAGUAAAUUAUUCUGUGCAUCGCAUCACACCGUCUCUCCUCCUUGAGCAGUCCGAAAUUCGCCGGAAAAUAUGACGACAUACGGCACAAUUCCGACGUCUUCCUCUGCCGGCGCGAGCUUGGAGUACAUCUCCCGCACGAAGGAGCGGAUAAAGGAGGGGCUAGGCAUGCGGCGGCCGUGGCGAGAGAUGUUCAACUUCCACUCUAUCGGCCUGCCCUCGAACUUCCACGACGCCGUUUCGCGGAUCAAAACGAACCUCGCCUACUUCCGGAUGAACUACGCCCUCGUAGUCCUCGUUAUUCUCUUCCUCAGCCUCCUCUGGCACCCGAUCUCGCUCAUCGUCUUCGUCGCCCUCAUGGCGGCGUGGCUCUUCCUCUACUUCCUCCGCGACGAGCCGCUGAUCAUCGUUGGCCGCUUGAUUAACGACCGCGUGGUGCUGAUUGUUCUCUCCGUCGCUACAAUCGUUCUGCUCCUCUUCACAAACGCCACCGCCAAUAUCCUCAUUUCGCUGCUGGUCGGAGCCGUGGUUGUUUUGGUCCACGGUGCUUUCAGGAAGACCGAUGAUUUGUUCGCCGAUGAGGAAUCCGGCGCUUUCUUAGCCGGCCACGCUCCAUCUGCUCCGUCGUCUUAGUGUGCUGUAUUCUGUAUUCCAAGUAUGUUUUAGUUUUCACUUUUAAUUUUUUCGUUCCACCAUUAUUUGCUUUGAAUUGUUAACGAUUGUUCAUUUGUUUGUUGUUAAUUUUCUCAUAUUUCUUGUGCUUUUUGUUGUAAAUUUCUUAUGCUUUAAUUUUGUAAGAAAUAAACUCCAAAGUUAAUCCAUGAUUCCUCAACAGUUCAACACCUUUCUAAUA